CCUCAGACUACCUAUAUCCCAUAAUGACCAAACAAUAUAUAUAUAUAUAUAUACUAUUGGAGUGCUUCUUUACAUAUUUAUGCUUUUUACAGUUGAUAAUCCUCUUUCCUUUAUUCUCCAUAUGUUUUCAUACAAUCAACCUUUAUAUUCUCCGCAAGCCUCUGAUUGAUUCCACAGCUAGCCUACUACUAUGUAUCCUAUCAUCUUGUUCAUAUUUAUAAUCGCCUUCCUUUUUUUUUUGUCUAUUUGUUUGUUUUUGAAUAAUAACUUUCAAUCUAG